GCCAAUCCGUCCCCGGUCUCGUUAGGUUCUACCGGGUCGCUAAACGGUGCACCGAGUGCCAUCCCUGCCAGCGUCGCGGCAAGCUCGCACCCGCCACGGUACUACUCCUCACUGGCCCAGCUGUACCGCAAAUCGUCCAGCCCAGCCAGACAGGGUCCGACGGGUGGGAGUGGUGGCGCACGCGGUGUGGCGCGCUAUGCCAAACCGAACCGUGGUGUACCCGGUGGGAUGAACUCACUGCCCCGUCUGCUGGGUGCGAGAGCUACCGAGCUGCGGCGUAGUUCUGCGGCCGGACUGAACGUGGUAUCUCAGCGUCCUCCGUUGCCGCCGAAGAUUGAACUGCGUAGCCACAGUUACGACGGUUUGCUGGACGAUUCGGCCAGUAUGCAGCGGGGCAAGGCGACGGGUGUAGGACAACCGACAGGGACAACGCUACCAACCGAAGGGCAUGAUCGAGUCGAUGGGCGAGGUGUGAUCGCUGGCCAGCAGCAAGGAGAGCUUGAGGAAUCAAUCGUCAGGAAGGUGUUUGUAGAGCCGAGCGGUGGCUCGGUCGGAACGGAAGCGUCGGUCAAGAGCAAAAACAGACGAUCACGCAGCAUGGACGAUCUGUUCGACGACGACGGACCCGGCGGGGACUGCAAGUUAUUCGACAACACGCAGAGCAUGGAGACACUGUUGGAGCCGGCAUCACCCACAUCGGCGACGGCUCCCGAAUGUGCUCCCGAGACACCGCCACCACGUCCGCUCGGAGGUGGUAACAUCUGCCUGAAUCGACGCUUUGUGCGCGAAGACACAGUGGAGCGUCCGGACGACACGAUCGACGACUCGCUCGGAUCUCACGCCGCAUCACACGAGCAGCUGUGCGAAAAGGAAACGAUCACGGUCGACAGUACGCCUCGGUCGAUGCACGCGGACGACACUGGAGCCCACGGCCAACCGAAGCGGCAACCCGACGAACAGGAGGAGGACGAUAUCGAAUCGACCCAUUCAUCCGUAACCUCCUCGCACGGAUCAACGGCAUCGGGCGAAAGGGGCGGUGGUGGGCCCAGGAAAGCUCCCAAACCACUGAUCAACCGGUACGUGAAGAAGGUGAAAUCGUUCAUGAAGAUGUAACGCCAUGUAACGUGUGUCGUGUGUUACAUCUCGCUCUCGAAUAUGCGUUAAGGGUAGUAUUAGUGGAUUGUACCGUUGUGCGUGUGCGGUAAAACAAAAUCCCCCAAUUUCGAAUCCUCCACCGCCAGCCGUCGAAAAGAUGGCCAACGGUGGCAACCUUUUCUUUGUGAUCUUUUUGGGAAGUGAACGCGUGACGUAACGGAGCAGUAGUGUGAAGCAAACGAAAACUCUGCUCUAAACCAAACCCUUGCUCCACUGGCUGGAUCCACGCGAUCUUGCUUUUUGUAAUCGCUUUUAACAAUCGCUUGCUUGCCGUGUGUGGCGCAAGAUGGAGAUGUUUUGUGAGGAUUUAUUUAAUUUAACUCCAUUUUCUUUUAUGCCGACAAUCAACCAUCAGGGUGGUUGAGAUAGGACACUAGACACUGUUCCAUUAAGUUAGUAAUUAAGAGAAGGUAGAGCAACAAGCAUACAAUCACACACACACUAGUAGACCCACACAUAUGUUACAAGCGUCUAACCUUACUGUUUUGCGAUGUAUUUUUGUCGUCUUAAGUUAAACUGAUCGGCUGUAUUAGUGUAGCCGCUAUUAUUACUAUUACUACCACUUACUACUACUUACAUCAUUGUGAUUAGUUUCGCGCAGCUGUCGUAUGCCGUUGCGCGGAAUGCUGGAACGUUGUAAAAUAUAUUAUUUAGACCUUUUAGCGUGUAAGCAGAAAACGCGGACGGAUGGGAGCAGCAGCUUCCCAUUGCGGCCUAACCACCAACCACCAUCAAAGUAUCUAGGGUAAGGAUUGCGCAUACCGAUGAUCGGCUUACCGAUGUGAAUAAUUCUUUCUGCCUAUGACGACAUAGUCUGCGAAAAAACAUAAUGCGAACCGGCGUUUUAGGGUCGCACUGCUGUGGAUGCGAAGUUGUGGAGCCUUCUUUUUUGUUGCAGCAUCCUUUCGAUCGCGCUUUCAUAAGCAACCAUUAUGACCUCUUGAGAUGUGUUAGAACGAUAAAGCGCGGGGACAAGCUGUGGUCGCUGCCAUUGCGUAAAAACAAGUGCUUUAAACAUAAAACAGAACUGUGAAACCUCGGUGUGUAACAAUGAGGAGAGCGGAAAAAGGAAAACAGAAACGCAAAUUGUAUGUUUUUUUUAACAGUAUGUUUAAUAAAGCAAAAAUACACUCACA